GUAAGACAUCAACACUGAUGUUCAACAAGAUAACUGAUGUGGCUUAUGUAGUUGCAGGAUUUAAAUGUCAGAUGAAACUGUCACGAGAACUAAUUAGCCUAUUAUUAACAAUCACGAAGAGGAACAGGUGCAGCAACGCUAGCUUAAUUACGGCACUUAACUAUUGUUGGUGUUCGCUAGCUACAUUUUAUCAUUUAUAAGGUUAACAAAAUAGCGACAUUCCACAAAUAUCUACUGUUUAGCUAAUUGGAUUAGCUAGUAGGCUACUACUUAUAUCCGGCAAGCUAGGUUAGUGUUUUCGCUGACACCCCCACCACCUACGAACCUACGAACAGGGCAAACAACUAAGUGAUCAUGCUGAUAUGUCACACAACCCUAAAAUCAGGGUGUGUAUGGCGUGAGAUUGGACUUUACCCAUGUGGCCUGCAGGGGCGUCCUCUGGGCAGUAUUUAACUGUCAGUAGUGAUGCUGCCAGGCAACACUUCACUUCCUUCUAGGGGACAGUGACUACCUGUCAGCGGCUGUUUCUUGCUCUAUCUAACUAUGCACCCCUACCACAGCUCUCAGUCCAGACUGGACCAUCUCCACUCUGAAGGUCCAGUUGGUCAUGGCCACCUCGGGUCAUCCACAUCGCUGCUGCUGUGCACGCCUGAGCAUUCAGCAUCAAAGUUAAUGAGCCGCUACAAGGACAGACAGACCGGCUGUAUAUAUUAUGAAUCUACACAGUCAUGUCCAUCCACAAGCCGAGACUGGCAUUGUCCAGUCUGCUUGCAGACGGCCAGCUUCCCAGUCCAGACGAACUGCGGCCAUUUGUUCUGUGCUCCCUGUCUGAUCGCCUACUGGAGACAUGGGUCCUGGUUGGAUGCAAUCAGCUGCCCUCUCUGCAGACAGAAGGUCAGCGUGCUGUGCAACCUUUUUAACGAGAGUCGGUCAGACCGCCAGUCAAAGGAAGUUCUUGGGGAAAUCACAGACUACAACAAACGUUAUUCUGGAGCCCCACGAAGGGUAACAGACUAUCUAUGUGACGUGCCCCUUCUCCUGCAGUUACUGGCCCGCAGCCUGGGCACCAUGGGAGGACUUGUGUGGUUGUUUUUCUUCAGGGUGGCCCUGUGCAGUGUGGGGACCGUGCUGUCCAUCUCCUACCCUCCUCUGGACCCUGUCUCCUUAUCAGCAAAUCAGCUGGAAACAGACCCCUCCCUGUGUGGACUGCUGGGGGUCCUAGAUGACCUGGUGGUGGUCAUCCUGCUCCUUAUCUGCGUUAUCAACAUCAACCAGCAAAUGGCCCCAGAGAGCGGAGGACACUCUGCAAAUGCUACAACCUCACAAGGAGUAAUGGGGAAUUCACUGUAGACAGAUGCUGCUGGAGUGUCAGCACAAGCUGUUUGACGUGGACUUUCAUCGGAUUUCUUUCUUUUGGCUGUAGCUAGUUGGAUUAGUGGAUGCAAGAAUAUUAACAGCCGCACACCAUGUAGUAGCCACGAUGUUACAUGGCGCCUGAGCCUCUCAGACUCCAGGCCUGUUUGAGUGUUUACAGAGCCUAUGCAAAAGUGAUAUCUAAAAUACAAUGUUAUGCAGUGUGCUGGUUUAGCUGUGGUUACAAAUUUGUAUUCCUUAAACUCCUAAGGCCUGACUGUGUGGCUUAGAGCUAUUUAAUCCAUAUUAAAUAAGCAAAAUUGUUAGUUUAAAUUGCCAUUUCCUCCUUUUUAUAUUUUAAUUAUAAUCCAUAUUUUUUACCCAGGACAAACUGUCCACUGUCAUUUUUACUCCAAACUGGGCAGCAGCUGUGCCAAUUUGUUUCAGCAAGUGUGAGACAAGUGUUCAUGUCAGUACUGAUAUAAUGGCAUCUGUGUAAAUACUUGAUAUUGUAUGAAUUCAUGUUUUGUGUAAAAUAAAGUAUAUUUAUUGA